AUGAAACGCCCAAGAGUUUAUCCUGCGGGACUUGUCGCCGACGAAAAAUCAAAUGCGACAAAAUUCUUCCUUGCAGUCAAUGAGCAUCCAUCAUUAUUGCUCAUAUUCCCAGCCAGUCCACAAGAAGAGGAAAAGGGCAAUAAAGGCCAUGGAAGCAUCUGCCCAUUCGGUUUUGGCGCCUGGCGCUGCUAUGAGAAUGAGGAAACCUCCAAGACCAACAGAGCCGGCUUUCUGCUGCGCAGCUCGACCACUCCUCUCCAGCUCCUUUUCCACUCACCCAUCGUUUCAAUCAUUGCCCUGUAUAUUGCAAUCGGUUACGGUUGUCUCUACCUCCUCUUCACAACAGUCCCCGACGUGUUCCAGGACACCUAUCACUGGAGCGUUUCCAUCAGCGGACUGUCCUACAUCGGUCUCGGCCUCGGCUUUAUCACGAGCCAAAUCUUCUUCGGAUUGACGAGCGAUAAGAUUAUCAUCCGACUCAAAGCACGCAACAAGGGGCACCUUUGA